UUUGGUUAAAUCAUUACAAAGUAAUAUGAAAAUACAUUGAGAUCGAAGCAGAUACACCACCAUAAAUUUCGGUAUGGCCGAGGGAAAACAGGGCUGGACGGCCCUUCUGAUGCUCAUAUGUGUGUGCAUCACCGUGGGCACCGUCAUCCCAGUUGGGUAUGCCUUCGGCGUGGUGAAUGCUCCGUAUGCCUUCAUAAGGUCGUGGAUAAUGGAAUCGGCUCUAACGCGGUACUCAUCGCGGCUGGGCGACUCCCAGAUGACCAUAAUGAUGUCGGCGGUGGUCUCCAUAUUCCUGAUAGGUGGCAUGCUCGGCGCUCCGUUUGCCCCGAUCUUUAGUGCCCGGCUAGGCCGUCGAGGGAUUCUGACGCUCAGUGGAUUGCUCUUGUUGGUGUCCUGCAUCUGCCAGCUCUUCUGUCGGAUGGCCAACUCAAUAGAGAUGCUGCUGCUGGGGCGACUGAUCGCAGGACUGGCUGCCGCUCUGGUCUACGCCACGCAACCCAUGUACUUGGUGGAGUUGGCUCCGGCAGAGCUGAGUGGCAGCGUGGGAGUCUUUACUUGCAUUGGGAUAACCGGCGGCAUUGUUUUGGGUCAGGUCUUUAGCUUUGAUUUCCUUCUCGGCACGGAGAAACUGUGGCCCUACGCGCUUUCCGGUUCCGCCAUUUUCGUCUUGAUCGGACUGGCACCCAUCUUCUGGUUCCCCGAGAGUCCGCGCUUCCUGAUGUCCCAGGGCCGGAGAGAGAAGGCCAGGGUCACGCUGAUGCGCCUGCGGCGGGAUGAGGGACGUGUGAACGCGGAGAUGGCGGAGUUCGAAGUCACCUCUGAGGCUGAGCGUAAGCGGGUCACCAUGAAGGAGGUGCUGUGUAACAGUAGGCUCAAGUUGCCGCUGAUCAUCGUUUGCUCCUUCCACUUUGUCCAGCAGAUGAGCGGCAUUAGUUCGAUAUGGUUUUACUCCAUAGAGAUCUUCACCCAAUCCGGAUUCACUGCAGCAGUAGCUAUGUGGCUCAACUUCUCCUUGGGACUUUUGAACUUCAUGUCCUCCCUCUUGGGACCGUGGCUAAUGAAAAGCUUUAACAGACGCCUUAUGAUGACGAUCUCCUGCCUGUUCUCUGCCAUCUUCCUGACCCUACUUGUCGUGGGCCUAAAACUAAUGUUAACCAUACGUGAGUUCUCAUUCGCCUGCAUCGCCUUUCUGUCGCUGUACAUCAUCACAUUCAACAUGGGUCUGGGGCCCAUUCCCUACUUCAUUGGCUCAGAGAUUUUUGAGACGCCAUCGCGUCCUUCGGCGAUGGCCUUUGGAAGCUUCUUCAACUGGCUGGCCAACUUCGUUCUUAGCAUGAUCUUCCCCACCGUGAACUCGGCGAUUGGACCAUUUGUAUUCCUAUUAUGUGUGGUGUUUUGUGCUUACGGGUUCCUAUUAACCUGCCGAUAUCUUCCGGAGACGAGAAACCGCGAUACCAAGGAUGUGGCGUUGCUAAUGGAGAACGGCUUCAAGUCCAAGAUUAAGUAGGCACGACUCUUUGACUGGAGAUUAUCUCUGGAAAUUUAAAAUAAA